AUGUCAUGUGCAGUAACAAGAGUAGGUUGUAAAGCCCAAUUUCGCAUACGGUACGAUGCGGAUGCUGGUAAAGGGGGAAAGUAUGUUGUGACUCACUUUGUCGCAGACCACAACCAUGAAUUGGCGGAACAACACUGUGUGAUGUAUCUGAGGUCACAUCGCAGUUUAAACAGCGGUGACAAAGCUCAAGCAAUGGCUAUGCGCAAUGUCGGUGUGAAGACUAGCCAAAUCAUGGACUAUAUGAUAAAUCAGUCCGGGUCUUAUGAGAAUGUUGGUUUCAUCCAUAUGGAUCUGCACAACCAUAUUCAAGCCGAACGGAGAGCAGAAGUUGAGGAUGGUGAUGCGCAGGGUGCGUUGGUUUACCUAUGCGCAAAACUUGAUGUUGAUGCACGUUUUUUUUUCAAGUAUGAUGUGUGUAAUGAUAACAAGUUACAAAAUCUGUUCUGGGCAGAUUCGAAAUCGCGGGCCGACUAUGCAAAGUUUGGUGAUGUAACUUACAGAACCAAUGCAUACAAGAAGCCUUUUGUCAUGUUGGCUGGUGUGACUAGCCACUUUAGGACCACGAUAUUUGUAUGUGUUUUGCUAGCUAAUGAGACAAUUGAGACAUACACAUGGGUUUUGGAAACAUUUAUGGAGGCGAUGGGCAAUAAAGCACCUGUGUCCGUACUGACAGAUGGGGAUAAGUCGAUGCGAGAGGCAAUCAGAAGAGUAUUUCCAGAUGCAAGACAUCGAUUAUGUAAUUGGCAUCUUGGGAAAAAUGUUGUUUCAAAUGUUCACAUAAGUGGCUUUGCACAUGCUUUCAAGCAGUGCAUGGACAUGGAAACGGAUGAGACAAAGUUUGAGCAUGGCUGGACGACAAUGGUCGAAAAUUUUGGACUUCAAACCAACAGUUGGGUGUUGGAGACAUAUGAGAAGCGUCAUAUGUGGGCUGAGGCAUAUAUGCGUGGACAUUUCUUUGCUGGGAUGAAGAGCACUCAGUGCUCGGAGUGUAUGAAUGCUUAUUUCAAUCCCUUCCUCCAACACAAAUUGAAGCUAUAUGAAUUUGUUAGGCACUAUGAUCGGGCUCUUGCAAGGAUAAGAUGGACAAGGGCUGCACGCAAGGAUGGCCAGCAAUGGCCUCAACCCUCAAUUGAUCGCACUAUAACACAGAUGGCCCGGUAUGGGAUAUUGUGUUCUUCCUACAACGAAAUGUGUUUCUAUGCCUCGCAAUCAACGGAAGGUUUCAAAGAGGCUAGGGAUGCAUGUCUUCCGAUGACGAGCCGGAUGAAGGAGUUAUAUGAGAGGAAUUUGAACGGUGGGAAUGGAGACAAAGGGAAACAUUCAUUCCGUCGACAAUUUGGAGUAGAAGAUCCUGAUAUUGUGAAGACAAAAGGGAACCCAGGACGGGCCUCGUCCAACUGUCGAAGACCAAAAAAAUGUGGGAAUUGCAAAUGCAUUGGACACACAAAGCGAACGUGUCCUAAGGUUCGGUUUAGCCGAACAGUGGGUACUAACUCAGAUGCAGAUACACCCCACAUAGCUGACCGUGAGUACAAUGCGGAGUCAUUGCCCGUUCGCUGCAAAAUUGGGUUGGUGGAUCCAAGUACAUCGCACAUUAAGCAACGGCGACUAUUUUUCGAUGUUUCUCCUUAUUCCAAGCAGCCUGUGGGCCAAUACGGUUGUGUUGAAGCAGCAGUGUGGAAAAAUGAUUCGAACACAAUUGCUGAGGUGAAUCAGGUAGACAGUACUAGCUAUUGA